AUGCUUCGGAUAGUCUUUUUUUCUUCUAUUGUUGUCUCUGAAAUUUUAACUUUUGUAGGACUCAUUGUGAAUCUCUUCAUUGUAGUGGUCAGUUACAAGACUUGCAUCAAAAGCCACAGGAUCUCUUCUUCUGACACACUCCUGUUCAGUUUGGGCAUCACCAGAUUUUUUAUACUGUUACUGAAUGUUGUUGUCAUCGUCUCUCCAAAUGUGGAAAGGUCAGUCUCCUUAUCCUGUUUUCUCCUGUCAUGUUGGAUGUUUUUGGACUCUAGUAGUCUUUGGUUUGUAACCUUGCUCAACGUCUUGUAUUGUGUGAAGAUUGCUAACUACCAACACUCAGUGUUUCUCCUGCUGAAACGAAAUCUGUCCACCAGGAUGCUCCGGCUGCUGCUGGUCUGUAUGCUCCUUUCUGUCUUCACCACUCUCCUGUAUGUUAUGCUCAGACAGUUGGCACCCUCUCUUGAAUUUGUGACUGUGAGAAAUGGCACAGUAUUUGACAUCAAUGAGGGACUCUUGUCUUUGGUGACUCCUUUGGUCUUGAGCUCAUUUCUCCAAUUCAUCAUUAAUGUGACUUCUGCUUCUUUGUUAAUCAAUUCCUUGAAGAGACAUAUACAGAAGAUGCAGAGAAGUGCCACUGUUCUUUGGAAUCCCCAGACUGAAGCUCAUGUGGGUGCUAUGAAGCUGAUGAUCUAUUUCCUCAUACUCUACAUUCCAUACUCAGUUGCUACCCUGCUCCAUUAUCUCCCUUCUUCUAUAGGGAUGGAUUUGAGAACCAAGUCUAUUUACGUUAUUAUGUCCACCAUUUACCCUCCAGGACAUUCUCUUAUUAUUAUUCUCACACAUCCUAAACUGAAAACAAAAGCAAAGAAUAUUCUUUGUUUCAAUAAAUAG